ACGACAAGUCGAGUUGUGCCACGAGUUUUUGGUCGUUGACUGCAAAGUCCUUCAAGAUAGGGUUGCGGGACAGUUCUGCAGCACAGAAUGAGUGGUCUGGGCUGGAGAGUGCUUCUUUCUCUUCCUUGUCCUUGAAACAAGCGUAGGCAAUACGCGCCAUGCGCCGUCACUCACACAUUGAACCCGCACUACACACCACACAUUGAGACACUGUAGAUCCACUCUAGAAUUGCUCUUUCAGAUACUCAAAGCUGUAUCGCGAAUAUGGCUCAAGAAGGGCAACAAAAUCCGGAUCUCGCCGCCAUCUUGGCCACACUCGCAAGCCUACCUAAGCCGGAGGCUCAGCCAUACCAGGACCAACAAGUUUAUGAACAGAACCAUAGUUAUCAAGGGUACCAAAAUCCCCCGCAGCACCAUCAGCCUGAGCCGAGCCAUCAAUAUCGACCACCACCUGACCCCCGUCUUGCUGGUCGUCCAGCACCCCAGCACCGACAGCCACCUCCCAAGCCCCAAGACCGCAUCUCAUCUCCGCUCAUCGACCCUUCAACCAUUACAGAAUGGAAGCAAGGUCUCCGCUGUGUGAGUAAAAUAGCAGGACAAAAUCCUGAUUUUGCUCCUGCCGUUCGCAAGUUGAUGAAAGACCAAGAAGCAAACGUCAAAUCUUGGGAAGCCGGCCGCAAGAAACUCAUUGAAGAACAAAAGUUUCAGCGCGAAAACGAGCGCACGCAUCGAGCCGCUUUAUCAUUACCUGGCCUCCUAGAAGGCACAGCACUCCUCCGCACGCCCGAGCGCGAAAAAGAAGAACUAGACCAAUAUGACGCAAAAGUGUACCGCGCCUGCAAAGCAAUGGUUGACUCGCAGUCUUCAUCGCUCAAAGCCCUUGGCGUCCCUUUUUUCGGCGUCAAACCGUAUCUUGUGCUAGGAGCGAGUUAUGAUCCCAUCGAAGUUGUGGAUUCGCAAACAGUGGCUGUGGGAGAAGGGGGCAAGAUUACCAAGGAGAAACUUUUGGAGCUGCAGAGAAAGAUGUUGAAUCAUCUUAUGGAGUUGUAUGGGGAUUGA